UCCUGGGAUGUUUGGCGUUCUCGUUCGACGUCUAAGUACUUCUACUCCAGUGCUGGCACUUAUACAGCCUCCUAUUCAAGUGUUCGGUCUAGAAGGACGUUAUGCUUCAGCUUUAUAUUCAGCUGCUACAAAACAGAAAGCAUUAGAUAAAAUCGAGAAAGAUAUUCAAUUAAUUAAGAAUACACUUAAAACAGAUGUAAAAUUACAUGAAUUUUGUCUUGAUCCAAGUUUACAAAGAUCAACUAAAAUUCAUGGAAUUAAUCAAGCACUAAACAAAUUAAAAGUUAAUGAAGCUACAAAAAAUUUAUUUGUUAUACUUGCUGAAAAUGGUCGUUUAUCUAAAAUUAAUUCAGUCAUUGACAAAUUUGAACAAAUUAUGACUGCCUAUCGAGGUGAAGUUAGCUGUACUGUACGAACUGCAAAACCUCUAGACAAAACAUCAGAAAAUGAAUUACGGAAUGCUCUUAAUGGAUUUUUAAAACCCGGCGAAAAAUUACAGCUAACUUUAAAGGUCGAUCCAUCGAUUAUUGGUGGUAUGAUAGUUAGUAUCGGUGAUCGUUUUGUUGAUAUGUCAAUUGCUCGAAAAAUUCGAUCACUUCGCGAAAUAAUGGAACAACCAAUUUAA